AUGUCCAAACCUAGACCCAAACCGAGGCCCAGCACUACUUCUAGUGAAGCGCAAAAAUUGUUUUCUGCUUACUUGCAGCAAGUUAACGAAAAUGACUUGUCUGUAAUAAACUUUAUAAGUUUUUGCUCGCAAAAAAAACGUAUAACCUUCAAAGACCAAGAUCCUUUACUAGAUGUGUAUUUACGAUCAUUUGAAUUUUUAAACAAACCCACAUAUUGUAAACUAUCAGUGGAGUUGCAAAAAAAAGACAUUGUAAAAGUUGAAUAUCUUGAACAAUGGUUAAAUAUUUUGAAAGAUAAGUCUGAUAACAAAGAAAAUGAUCUUUGUGAAUUGAAAAUGUAUAAUGCACGAACAUUAAUUGAACAAAUCAUCAAGACAUGCAACACUAUUCCGGAACUCGACAAUAUUUUAAGCUAUAUUCGAAAUAUUACAGAAGAAAAAAAGCAUAAAAUUGUAGAAAAUAAUACAAAGAAAUACAAAAUACAUUGUAUAGAUGAACUAAUUAAAGUUCUUUCUUGUCCAACUUCUGUAAAAAAGGAUAUUUUUUCAGUUCUCAAAAAUUUAACCAACCUUAAAAAUUUUGAAGAAGAUGUUAUUCAACUUCCUAUUACGUGUAAUCUUUUUUGUAAAAUAAUUGACACAUACAAACCCUCAAAGCCCUUGAAGAAUUGCUUUUCUGCAAAUAAUUUUCUCAGAUUAGCAAACGUUUCAGGAAAAUUCCUGUUUUCUGAUUCUGUGAAAGAUAGCUUGCAUGAUGUUAUUUCAGAAUCUUAUUCACUUCUGCAGCAAGACAAUGGAAUUCUUAAUAAUAUUUUUAAAAAUGAAAUUUCAAAAGAUGAAAUACAAUCAUGUGGAAAUGUCCUAAAAAAAUGGAUCAUCGAAUGGAUGAAUUCUCCAUUGAAAUAUACUGAAUCUCGAUAUGUGUUCAAUUAUAUAUUAUCCCCUUUACAAGAAAUAAUGGGACAAAACUUGUCCAUAAACCAUAUUGAGCCUCCCGAACAUCAAAGUCAAUGCUCUUAUGACCGUAAAAAUAACUUACACAAGCCACCAUAUUGCUGUGGUGAGACCAAAGUACCAAAAACCGUAAGCCGAAAAAUUGACAUAGCAAUUGCAUAUACACCAAAGAAUGAUCCCGAAAUAAUAUUGUAUAAACUUAUUUGUGAAGCCAAAAGACCUAGUGAACCAACGAAUGGUGAUGACUAUGAUAAACUAACACGGUCUUUAAAUGAUGCAUAUAAUAGUAUAGUUAAAAUAGUUCUGCAAACGGAUGAGAUUUUUUAUGAAAUUGAAAGAUACACAAAGCAACAGCAAGAAUUUUUAUCAUGCGUAAUUACACAAGAAAAUAGAAUUAGUAGAGAAGAAUUUUUAUCAAGUAUAAUCACACAAACACCGAUGACUCCUGAAAAAUCCAGAAAUAGAGUCUAA